CCUCGUGGCACCAAUCCCCGCAGUAAGAGUGGAGUACUCAUCUCUCAACGAAGGCUGGUUUACUCACUGGUGGUUCAGCAGCUGAGAGUUUGUAUUUGUUGGUUUGUACCGUAGCCUACCAAGACUACCUUAGCGACGAGAACUAGGCCGCGCUUCUGAGCGAGUUUCGGGUUAUCUCGCCACGAUGGGGGCGACAACCUCCAGUUUCGCCUUGUAUUCCACGGAUGAGAAAGAGGUCGAUAGUUCCCUUGGAAAUCCCCCUAGCCCGCCCGAUGUUCCCGAGGCGGUUUCCAUCGACAGUCGAAGAUGCACCAGCGCCAGCACCAGCGACAGCAGCAGCAGUAGCAGCGGCAGCGGCGGCGGCGGCGGCGGCGGCGGCGGCGGCGGCAGCGGUGACAGAUUUAAUAGCAGAACUGACUGCAGCAGCAGCAGCAGCGGGGGCAGCAGGUGCAGCACAGCGUCUAGCUACUGCAAGGAGAGGCCUGAAGCUCACGAUAGCGAGGGGCCCAGCCGAAAACGAACCACCAUCGAAAGCCUACCGGACGAGGUACUAAUCAAGGUGCUCGCCGCCGUCAACUCCACCGCUUCUUCCCCGCUCGACGUCGUCCUCCCAUCCAUGAUCAACCGACGGUGGCGGCGGGCCAGCAGGGACCGCGAGGCGUUAAGGCGGGCGUGCCGAGGGGGCGUGGCGGUGCGCGCGCGGCAGUGGUGCGAGGGCGCGUACAUGUUCCUGCGACGCCUGUGCGAGAACGGCUGCCUCGAAGCCGCCUUUAUGCUCGCCAUGAUCCUAUUCUAUUGCAUACCCGGCGCGCAAUUCGAGGGCGGGCGCCUCCUAAUGUACUCCGCGAGGGAGGGCCACGCGGCGUCCCUCUACACGGCCGGCAUACUCAGCUUCAACGGCAGUGGGCUCGGCGCGCAGCACAAGGACGCGCGGAUGGGGGUCGCGCUGUGCGCGCGGGCGGCGGCGCUGGGGCACACUGAGGCGAUGCGGGAACUGGGGCACUGUUUAAUCGACGGGUACGGCGUGCAGCGCGAUGCGCAGGAGGGCUGGCGGAUGCUACUAGAGGCGCAAGCGGCGGAGCUCGCGCCGCAGGCGUACCUCCUCUCGCUGCUCUCCGCAAUGCCCGCCGCCUCUCCCGCUUCCGACUUCGGUUCGACAUCGGCGUCUGAUAGUUCGUUCGCCUCCGCUGCCGCGUACCGCGCGUGCAACUCGAGCCCGUACGGCAACACCAUGCCGCUGACGCCCGCGGAGCAGGAAACCGCCGUUCACCUGCUGCUCGCGCGCGACUGGCGCGCCGCCCCCACCAGCCCCAUCCGCGGCGACUCUUCCGCGUGCUCCUCCUCGUCCUGCUCCGCGUCAGGCGCCGUGGCGUGCGGCGAUGACGACAUGGCGGGCGACGAGGCGGCAGAGUCGAGCGACGGCGCGUUUCUGUCCGCCGCGGGGCUGUCGCCGCGCUCACCGUCGAGCGUGCUCGUCGCCAUGCACUCCCCGCGAUCCCCCAUGGCCAAGCCCCACUGGCCAACACACCAGCAGCACCCCCUCGCUGCUGAUUCCGCCGCCGCCGCUACCACCACCACCACCACCACCAUCACCAGCGCUACCACCGCUACCACUGCCACCACCAGCAUCAACACGAGCAGCAAGCAGGCGGUUGUACAGAAGCUCCUAGCGGGGCUGGCAUCUGGGUCGUUCCGCCUCACCGCCGCGCACGUGGCUGCGCUCGAGCCCGCGCUUGCCGCGCUCCAGACGUCCCUGCGCCCCGCGCCCAUCCACCCCGCGCACGCGUUCGUGCGCGAGUGGCGCGCGCUCAAGGGGGCCGCCCCCCAUACCGCGGAAGAGAAGCCCCACGCUGUUGCCCCAGCAACAGGCGCAACAGCAGCAGCGACAGCAGCAGAAGAGGAGCCGGAAUCAGCGGAGGGAGGGGAUGCGAGCGCGGGGGUGUGCAGCCGCGCGUCGUGUGGGCGGCCGGAGACGCGCCCGUUUGAGUUCUGGCGGUGCUCCACGUGCUGGCGCGUGCGCUACUGCAGCCGGUCGUGCCAGGUGCACCACUGGCGGGAGACACACGCACGCACAUGCACGGCCUCUGCUGCGCAUGGUGAUGACGCUGCUCAUGCUGCUCAUGCUCCUGGGCAGGCACAUGGCCCUGCUCGUGGCGGGGAUACGUCUGCUCGUGCUGCCGUUGCCUCAGCCCACAGGUCCUUGCAUGGCAUGGGUGUGCUGUGAUGCCCCUCACUCCUGCCAAGUGCUGGGGAGGGAAGGAAUGUGGCAGCAGUUUCUCACGCCUUGUGUCUCAGAUGAGUUGGACCUCAUGUGUAUUGGCAGCAGGACCUGUGUGUUACCUGCUGCUGCCUUGCCUGUCUAAACUGGGCCUCUUGUGAAGUGCUUGCUUGGUUGCACCUUGCACCUUGCAUGCCUGCCUGCUGCUGCUGAGUGCUUGUUGUGAACCAUAUUCGGGAGAAGGUAGUAGAGGCUGAAUUAAUAUUCCAGAUGACUUGAGGAUCAAUUGAAUUGUGUUCAUUCGUUUUUGAACUGAAUCUCUAUAGGAAGAUAUGUAAUGUAUAUAUUGAUGACUGUUGGU